GAGAGAGAGGCGUGCGAUCACGACGGCGACAAAGAAGAGCACGUUAGCAUGGGCCACGGUUGGUUGGUAAAUUCCUCCACCAGCCACCAGCUGCGACCGUCCCUUAGAGUCUAAGUCUCCUCUUUUUCUAAGACACUUUAAAGUAGAAAUUCAAAAGGAGAAGGGAUUGCCUUCUGGGUUUUUGGACAUAGCUAGCUGCUAGUCGUGUAUCUCUAUCUUUCUCAUGAGGAGGCUUUGCCCCAACUUCGAUCGUGAAGAUGGACUUGACACCGUGCUUGAAGUUCCAAUUCCAGAAGAGAUGUUCGUAUCCAACACUAAACACAGCGGCAGAUCAUGGCAGAACAUGAAGUCAUGGAUGAGAUCACAUUCUCAAAGAUCAGCACCAUCGACGGCGGCUCUCGUCGGAGGUCGAAGCACUGAGCUACAGCUCUUGUUGGGAGUUGUUGGUGCCCCUUUAGUCCCUCUUCCUGUCCGUAGCGAUCAGUCCAUCAAUGGAAACAUCAAAGAUCACCCCAUUGAAACUUCCAUGGCUAAGUAUAUAGUUCAGCAAUACAUAGCGGCCACAGGAGGAGAGAAGGCUUUGAACUCUAUAGAUAGUAUGUACGCCGUGGGGAAGGUGAAGAUGAUGGCUUUGGAAUUCUCUACAGGUGACAGCAACAAUAAUAACAGAGGAAACGGCAAGAAGACGGUCAAGGUUAAGAGUAAAGGACAUGGAGGGGAGGUGGGGGGGUUCGUGUUGUGGCAGAAGAAGCCCGAACUCUGGUGCCUGGAGCUCCUGGUAUCUGGAUGCAAGAUGAGCGCAGGGAGUGAUGGUAAGGUAGCAUGGAGGCAGACCCCAUGGCAUAGCUCACACGCAUCUCGAGGUCCUCCGAGACCGCUUCGUCGUUCUUUGCAGGGUCUUGAUCCAACCGCUACUGCCAAUUUAUUCUCAAAUUCAGUAUGCAUAGGCGAGAGGACAAUCGAGGGUGAAGACUGUUUUGUGCUAAAGCUGGAAGCGGAACCCUCAUCAUUGAGAGCUAGAAGUAGUAACAGCAUGGAGAUUAUCCGCCACACUGUGUGGGGCUACUUUAGCCAGAGAACUGGGCUUCUUGUUGAGCUGGAAGACUCACACCUUCUCAGGAUCAAAACUCCCAGCAGUGAUGAUAGCGUUUACUGGGAGACCACCAUGCAGUCUUUUACCAAGGACUACCGGCCUAUAGAUGGCAUAAACAUCGCUCAUGCCGGCCGGACUGCCGUUUCAUUGUUUAGGUUUGGGGAGAGCUCGGAAACCCACUCAAGGACGCGAAUGGAAGAGGUUUGGACAAUCGAAGAGGUUGACUUUAACAUUCGGGGGUUGUCAAAGGACUGUUUCUUGCCACCUGGCGACUUGAAGAAAGAGCAGCAGGAAGGCUAUGACAUCGUGGCCACUGAUGUCCGUGUUCCGCUCAAGCCUCGAUCUGCCUGUGUCAGGGUUGGUUCUUCAAGGAUAGUUGCAGUCGAUGUCGACGAUUCAGACUCCACAGAUGAAGAAGAGUAAAUUGUAAAACAUCCUUCUUUUUUGUUUUGUAUAUACGGCAUCUUCACUUAUUGAUCGAUCCUUAAGAGUACUAUUACAUGCUGAGUUUCAUCGGUA